CAGCAGCCAGCCAAGCAAGAUGGUGUCCGCCAAGUUUGUUAUCCUCUUCGCCGCCUCCGCCGCCCUGGCUGCCGCCGCGCCGCACCCUGACGGCCCCCCCUCCUACGGGCCGCCGGCCCCCCACUACAAGGAGCCCGGCAUGCCCUUCGACUUCGCCUACGCCGUCAAGGACGACUACACCGGCAACGACUUCUCCCACGACGAGAGCAGCGACGGUCACGUGACCAGCGGCUCCUACCAGGUGCUGCUGCCCGACGGCCGCCGCCAAAUCGUGACCUUCACCGCCGACCACGACGCCGGCUACAUCGCCGACGUGGCCUACGAGGGCGAGGCCACCUACCCCGCCCCCGCCCCCGCCUACGGGCCCCCAGCCCCCCCCGCCUACGGACCCCCCCCCGCCUACGCCUAGGCACUCCCGGCAGCCCGCCGCCCCCUAGUCCCGGCCAGUAAAUUAUUGACCCCCCCCCCAGCGGCCACAAUGCUCAUGUAAAUAAAGGCACCACAAGUA